AAUGGCACAGCAAAGAAAUCAGACGGAUUCAGAGAAAUUCUCUUGUUCCAUCUGUCUGGAUCUCCUGAAGGAUCCGGUGACUACUACCUGUGGACACAGCUACUGCAUGGACUGUAUUAAAACACACUGGGAUAGAGAGGAUGGUACCAGAAUCUACAGCUGCCCUCAGUGCAGGAAUUUCACACCGAGGCCUGUCCUGCAGAAAAGCACCAUGUUAGCAGAGUUAGUGGAGGAUCUGAAGAAGACCAGACUCCAAGCUGCAGAUCUCUGCUAUGCUGGACCUGAAGAUGUGUCCUGUGACGUCUGCACUGGGAGGAAGAUGAAGGCUGUCAGGUCCUGUCUGGUCUGUUUGGCCUCUUAUUGUGAAAUUCACCUCCAGCCUCACUAUGAUUCACCUCCAUUAAAGAAACACCAGCUGGUGGAGCCCUCCAAGAACCUCCAGGAGAACAUCUGCUCUCGUCAUGGUAAGAUGAUGGAGAUUUUCUGUCUCACUGAUCAGCAGUUGAUCUGUUAUCUCUGCACCAUGGAUGAACAUAAAGGACAUGAAACCGUCUCAGCAGCAGUAGAAAGGAAGAAGAAGCAGAAGGAGCUGGAGGUGAGUCGACUGAACGUCCAGCAGAGAAUCCAGGACAGACAGAAAGACGUGGAGCUGCUCCAACAGGAGAUGAAGGACAUCAAAGUCUCUGCUGAUAAAACAGUGGAGGACAGUGAGGAGAUGUUCACCCACAUGAUCCGUCUCAUCCAGAAAAGGGGCCGAGAUGUGGAGCAGCAGAUCAGAUCCCAGCAGAAGACGGAAGAGAGUCGAGUCAAAGAGCUUCAGGAGAAGCUGGAGGAGGAGAUCAGAGAUCUGAAGAGGAAAGACGCUGAGCUGAAGCAGCUCUCAGAUACACCAGAUCACAGCCACUUCCUCCACAACUACCCCUCAGUGUCAGCACUCACUAAGUCCAAACCCUCAUCCAAUGUCAUCAUCCGUCCUCUGAGACACUUUCAGGACGUGACAGCAGCUGUGAAAGAGCUCAGAGAUCAGCUACAGGACAUUCUGAGGGACACGUGGACAAACAUCUCACUGGCAAUCACUGAAGUGGAUGUUCUACUGCCACAACCAGAACCAAAGACCAGAGAUGAGUUCUUAAAAUAUUCAAGAGAAAUCACUCUGGAUCCAAACACAGCACACAGACAGCUGUUAUUAUCUGAAGGAGACAGAAAAGUAACAUUUACCAAACUUCAAGACUAUCCUGAUCAUCCAGACAGAUUCACCAGAUGGUCUCAGGUCCUGAGUAAAGAGAGUCUGACUGGACGUUCUUACUGGGAGGUGGAGUGGAGAGGAGGAGUUAAAGUAGCGGUCGCAUACAAGAGUAUCUGCAGAAAAGGAAAGUCAGAUGAAUGUGGAUUUGGAUUCAAUGAUAAAUCUUGGUCUUUAUAUUGUGGCACCAACAGUUCUACAUUUCAGUACAACAUCAUCCAAACUCCCGUCUCUGGUCCUCGGUCCUCCAGAAUUGGAGUCUAUCUGGAUCACAGAGCAGGUAUUCUGUCUUUCUACAGCGUCUCUGAAACCAUGACUCUCCUCCACAGAGUCCAGACCACAUUCACUGAACCCAUACAUGCUGGAGUUUGGCUUUCAGGCAGUCUAUUUAGUCGUUUCGGUACUGCAGAGUUCCUUUAAUUCAAAUAGAGUAACUCCAGUGUCUGAGGGUCGGUUCAUGUCCAGCUCUGAUGUAAGUUCAUCAUCUAAGGUUUACUUCUGUAGUUGCAGCAUUAAUUAGUCACAUGACAACAGAACUUAUUGAUUCUGAAAUGUUUCACUCAUUUUAAAAUCUGCUUUCAGCUUCUGAAACUUUUCUUGAUUUUAUUUUUCAUAUCUGACAGAAACUGAAUGUUUUGUGGGCUUUGGAUUCAAAAUUGUUGAAUUGUUGAGCUGUGGAGGAUUCAAAUAUUUGUUUGUUUUAGUAUUUUCUGGUAUUUUACACUCAGAAUCAUUGACAGAGAAAAUAAUCAUCAUGAAAUAAUCAUUAACUGAAGUCGUGGAAUCCAUAGUUUCAUCAUUUAUGUUGGAUAUUUUCUGUGAAAGCUGAGAUUAUUGUUGAUGAACAACCAGUUAGUCUGAAUGGAAUUCAGUUAAUGUUUAAUGUUUGUGUGAAUUUAUCAUCUAAAAGUAAAAAACUCUUCACUGAACCGCUGAGUGACAUUUUGUACAAGUGAAAUAUUUAAACGUCUGCAUCAGCUUAACCAUGAAAUCACUAAAAUCACAUUUUAUUCUUUACAUUUUAUCAUAAAUAUUUACCUGUUUUCACAUUUUACCUUCUCAGAAACUAUUUUGCAGCUUAAGAGUUUGAAUGAAAAUGUAACAGUGAAUGACUUUUAACGUCCUUCUGAAUCUGAUCUGAAUUCAUUUUUCUUCAAUCUCAUGUUAGUGAUGCAUUUAAGGAACCAGCUGAGGUGAAGGAAAAACCAGCUUUGUAUUCAAAUGUGCAUUCAUUUCUCUUUCACAGGGAUAUUUGUACAGAAUGUGUUGGAUUUGUAUUUUAUUGUGGAUUUUCUGGUCGACACUAAUCAUAUUUUAUUGCAGUCAGAUGUCAUUUAAUAAUCUGACUUGGUGAUGUUUUAAAAUUUUGUUUUGCUUCUAAACUGUGGACAAACUUGUGAUUCAUCCUCAUGUUGAUCUAAUCAAAUCAAAUAAACAACAAUAAAUAAA